AACCCACCGCCCGCUCAGGCGCAGGAGCCGCAGCCCCAGCCGGUGCUGCCGCCCGCCGCCGGCUGCCCGCUGCCCGCCCGCCCGCUUCGGGCUCUCCCAGCGGGGCGGUAGGGGAGCCGGGCUGCAGGAAGGAAGAGAGCAGAUGCGGCCUCCGAGCCGAAGUGGGUCCCGCAUGACCUGAACCGAGGCCCCUAAGCCGCCGCAGCGACCGCGAGGAACGAGGACAAGCGCGAAGCAGCGCCCGCCUGGCCCCGGACCGCGCGCUCCGGCCCGUCUCCCAGACACGGACGGCACGGUCCGCCCCGACCCCAGCGCCGCGCGGUCUCAGCCCAGCCGGCGACCUCAGAGCCUCCGCAACCUCCGCGGGCCCCGAAGCUCUUUGCCUUCGCCUUCGCCGCCGCCGCAGCCGCCGCCCCCGCCCCCGCCGCAGCCGCCGCAGCCGCCUGCACCUCUGCCACCGCCUCUGCCCCCGCUCCGUCCGCGACCCAAGCCCAGGCCCCGACCCCAGCCGCGACCCCGCCCUCGGCCCCGCCAACCUCGGCCGCGGCCCGCGCCCCGGCCCCGGAGGCCCAGCCGUGGGUACGAUGCUGCCCAGCUCCAUCCAGAUUUCGGGGGAACCGCUGUCAGGCGCCGAGGUGCGGGACAUCUGCCGCGGCCUGCGCGACAACGCCGUGCGCCUGCUCUCACUGCGCGGCUGCCGCCUCUGCGACCGCGACUUCGGCCGCAUCUGCCGGGCCCUGGCCGGGGCCACGUCCCUGGCGCAGCUCAACCUUAACCUAGGCGUCGUGUCCAGUCCCAGCCGCAUCAAGCAGCUGGCAGAGGCGCUGCGGACCAACCGCUCCAUCCAGUCCCUCUUCCUACAUGGGAGUCCCCUGACAGAUGCAGGGCUGGCCUUGCUGAACCCAGCCCUGGCCCUCCACCCUGCCCUUGUGGCUCUGGACCUGGGGGACUGCAUGCUGGGUGAUGAAGCCAUCAACCUCAUCUGUGGCCUCCUCCCCCCAGAUGGAGCCAAGUCAGGCUUGAAGGAGCUAACGCUGAGUGCCAACCCUGGCAUCACCCCUAAGGGCUGGAGCCGCCUCGCGAUUGCUGUGGCCCACAGCUCCCAGGUCCGCGUCCUCAAUCUGGACUACAACCCCCUGGGUGACCAUGUGGCAGGGAUGCUGGCUGUAGCUGUGGCCUCCAGCCGCACCUUAGAAGUCCUAGACUUGGAGGGCACAGGGCUCACCAACCAGUCAGCUCAGACCCUGCUGGACAUGGUAGAAAAUUACCCCACGGCUUUGCGGAGCCUGGUGUUGGCUGAGAACAGCAUUAGCCCAGAGCUGCAGCAACAGAUCUGUGACCUCCUCUCAGAGGGAGAGGAGGAGGAGGAGGUGGCGGGAGGGGCUGGCGACACCCAGGAACGAGAGAGAGGGCGGGAGCCUGCUGCCCACCAGAGGAGCAGCAGCUCCUGGAUGUGCCCUAGUGAUCCCAGCUCUCAGAUGGUGCUCAUGACUUCAGGACUCGGUGACAGUCUGUUGGCUGAGACCGAGAUGUGACUCUCCACUUGGGCUUCUGCACAUCAUUACAUUUUGUCUAUGUCCCCAGCACCUUGUCCCAAAUAUCAGGGUCAGGCCCUGGGGCCUGGGAGGGAGGGAGGGUGGGGGGUGGCUGGGGCUCUGGUAGCUCCCGGCAGUGGUGGGAAGCUCUGGAAGCUGACUGAGCAACAGCCUCGGGGGCACUUGAACCCAAGGCAACGCCUCUGGACUUGUUGGCAGCUCUGGCUGCAACCCGCUGGCUCGGAAGAGAUUUUAUUAACUCUACAA